UUAUAAUUUAUUUUGAAAGAAACUGCGAGAAAAUUGGAAUCCCAGAGAGAAAAAGCUAAGGAAAGAAAAGAAAAAUGUUCUUCUUCUUCGUUGGAGGAGUAGAGCAACAAGUGAGUCAGGUGCUAAAAUACGGUGCGGGCAGAUGCAUUUCGUGUGCCUCCCCAGCUGAUCUCGUUCGCUACGAUAAGGUUCUCAAGCUCUUCUUCGUUCCCGUAUGGAGGUGGCCUGGAAAAGACCCUCUCAUGCACUGCAACAACUGCAACCUCUUUUUCCCUCAAUCCUACUCUCUCCCACCACCUCUCUCUUCCUCUGAUUACUCCUCCGACUCUCCUCGUUGCCGUUCCUGUGACCGGAUUGUCGAGCCCGACUUUAGAUUCUGUCCAUUCUGCGGCUCUUCUCUCUGAAUUUUCUGUCAUCUUUGUUGGGAUUUAGCUUUUUUCUAUGGUGGUCUGUGCAAUAAUUGUACUUUGUAUCUAAGUGUUGUUUGAUGAGAUUACAGUUCUUUCUAUCUCUGUUCUCAUUUCUUGUAUUUGAGUGGGUUUUUGACAAUUUCCAAUUUCUCUCCCAAUAAGAUAGAGUUGAUAGUUACUAGUGUGAUACAUAUAUGUGAUUGAUACAUCAGGGUGAAGGGGGGUUUAAUCUCUCUGUCUGUAAAACUGGAAAAUAUUCUUCUUUGUGAUAUGGAAACAUGAAGAAGAAGAAGAAAAAAAAAAUUGGAAGUAACAGUGCAUUGUACAUGUUAUCACAUAUUAGUGCACAGUUUCUUUAAUGUUUA